GCGCGGCUGCAGCCGGGGCUUCCGCCCGCAGAGCGCGGCGGCGGCGGGCGCAGCAAGUCCGGCAGCUACCGGGUGCUGGAGAACUCGGCGCCGCACCUGCUGGACGUGGACGCGGACAGCGGGCUCCUCUACACCAAGCAGCGCAUCGACCGCGAGUCCCUGUGCCGCCACAACGCCAAGUGCCAGCUGUCCCUCGAGGUGUUCGCCAACGACAAGGAGAUCUGCAUGAUCAAGGUGGAGAUCCAGGACAUCAACGACAAUGCGCCCUCCUUCCCUUCCGACCAGAUCGAGAUGGACAUCUCGGAGAACGCGGCCCCCGGCACCCGCUUCCCCCUCACCAGCGCGCACGACCCCGACGCGGGCGAGAACGGGCUCCGCACCUAUCUGCUCACCCGCGACGACCACGGCCUCUUCGCGCUGGACGUCAAGUCCCGGGGCGACGGCACCAAGUUCCCGGAGCUGGUGAUCCAGAAGGCGCUGGACCGCGAGCAGCAGAACCACCACACGCUCGUGCUGACCGCCCUGGACGGCGGGGAGCCGCCGCGCUCCGCCACGGUGCAGAUCAACGUGAAGGUGAUCGACUCCAACGACAACAGCCCCGUCUUCGAGGCGCCCUCCUACCUGGUGGAACUGCCCGAGAACUCCCCGGUGGGCACCGUGGUCAUCGACCUGAAUGCCACGGACGCCGAUGAAGGCCCCAAUGGCGAAGUGCUCUACUCCUUCAGCAGCUACGUGCCCGACCGCGUGCGGGAGCUCUUCUCCAUCGACCCCAAGACCGGCCUGAUCCGUGUCAAAGGCAACCUGGACUAUGAGGAGAACGGCAUGCUGGAGAUCGACGUGCAGGCUCGAGACCUGGGUCCCAACCCCAUCCCGGCCCACUGCAAGGUCACUGUCAAGCUCAUCGACCGCAACGACAACGCGCCGUCCAUCGGUUUCGUCUCCGUGCGCCAGGGGGCGCUGAGUGAGGCCGCCCCGCCGGGCACCGUCAUCGCCCUCGUGCGGGUCACUGACCGCGACUCGGGUAAGAACGGGCAGCUGCAGUGCCGGGUCCUGGGCGGAGGUGGGGCGGCCGGCGGCCUGGGCGGGCCGGGAGGACCGGUGCCCUUCAAGCUGGAGGAGAACUACGAUAACUUCUACACGGUCGUGACUGACCGCCCGCUGGACCGGGAGACACAGGACGAGUACAACGUGACCAUCGUGGCGCGGGACGGGGGCUCCCCUCCCCUCAAUUCCACCAAGUCGUUCGCCGUCAAGAUUCUGGAUGAGAAUGACAACCCACCUCGUUUCACCAAGGGACUGUACGUGCUGCAGGUGCAUGAGAACAACAUCCCAGGAGAGUACCUGGGCUCCGUGCUCGCCCAGGACCCCGACCUGGGCCAAAACGGCACGGUGUCCUACUCCAUCCUGCCCUCGCACAUCGGCGACGUGUCCAUCUACACCUACGUGUCCGUGAACCCCACCAACGGGGCCAUCUACGCCCUGCGCUCCUUUAACUACGAGCAGACCAAGGCUUUUGAGUUCAAGGUGCUGGCUAAGGACUCCGGGGCGCCCGCGCACCUGGAGAGCAAUGCCACCGUGAGGGUGACGGUGCUGGACGUGAACGACAACGCGCCGGUGAUCGUGCUGCCCACGCUGCAGAACGACACAGCCGAGCUGCAGGUGCCGCGCAACGCCGGCCUGGGCUACCUGGUGAGCACCGUGCGCGCCCUGGACAGCGACUUCGGCGAGAGCGGGCGCCUCACCUACGAGAUCGUGGACGGCAACGAUGACCACCUGUUUGAAAUAGAUCCGUCCAGCGGCGAGAUCCGCACGCUGCACCCCUUCUGGGAGGACGUGACUCCCGUCGUGGAGCUCGUGGUGAAGGUGACGGACCACGGCAAGCCCACCCUGUCCGCGGUGGCCAAGCUGAUCAUCCGCUCGGUGAGCGGCUCCUUGCCCGAGGGGGUGCCCCGCGUGAACGGGGAGCAGCAUCACUGGGACAUGUCGCUGCCGCUCAUCGUGACUCUGAGCACUAUCUCCAUCAUCCUGCUCGCGGCCAUGAUCACCAUCGCGGUCAAGUGCAAGCGAGAGAACAAGGAGAUCCGCACUUACAACUGCCGCAUCGCCGAGUACAGCCACCCGCAGCUGGGCGGGGGCAAGGGCAAGAAGAAGAAGAUCAACAAAAACGAUAUCAUGCUGGUGCAGAGCGAGGUGGAGGAGCGGAACGCCAUGAACGUCAUGAACGUGGUGAGCAGCCCCUCCCUGGCCACGUCCCCCAUGUACUUCGACUACCAGACCCGCCUGCCCCUCAGCUCGCCCCGGUCCGAGGUGAUGUACCUCAAACCGGCCUCCAACAGCCUGACUGUUCCUCAGGGGCACGCGGGCUGCCACUCCAGCUUCACCGGACAAGGGACUAAUGCCAGCGAGACCCCAGCCACUCGGAUGUCCAUAAUUCAGACAGACAAUUUUCCCGCAGAGCCCAAUUACAUGGGCAGCAGGCAGCAGUUUGUUCAAAGUAGCUCCACGUUUAAGGACCCAGAAAGAGCCAGCCUGAGAGACAGUGGGCACGGGGACAGUGAUCAGGCUGACAGUGACCAAGACACUAACAAAGGCUCCUGCUGUGACAUGUCUGUUAGGGAGGCACUCAAGAUGAAAACUACUUCAACUAAAAGCCAACCACUUGAACAAGCAUUCCCGACUUUGCUUUCCUUUGCUAUCCUCACCCUACACACCAUCACAAGUAGACUUCAGUCUGUUGAUCUGCUUCCUACAGAACCAGAAGAGUGCAUUAAUUGCACAGAUGAAUGCCUAGUGCUUGGUCAUUCUGACAGGUGUUGGAUGCCACAGUUCCCUGCAGCCAAUCAGGCUGAAAACGCAGAUUACCGCACAAAUCUCUUUGUACCCACAGUGGAAGCUAAUGUUGAGACGGAGACUUACGAAACUGUGAACCCCACUGGGAAAAAGACCUUUUGUACAUUUGGAAAAGACAAGCGAGAGCACACUAUUCUCAUUGCCAAUGUUAAACCUUACUUAAAAGCCAAACGUGCCCUGAGCCCUCUCCUCCAAGAGGUGCCCUCCGCAUCAAGCAGCCCCACCAAGGCAUGCGUGGAGCCUUGCACCUCAACGAAAGGCUCUCAGGAUGGCUGCGAGGCGAAACCAGGAGCCCUGGCCGAAGCCAGCAGCCAGUAUUUGCCCACUGACAGUCAGUAUCUGUCGCCCAGUAAGCAACCGAGAGACCCUCCCUUCAUGGCUUCCGAUCAGAUGGCAAGGGUCUUCGCCGACGUCCACUCCAGGGCCAGCCGGGAUUCCAGCGAGAUGGGGGCCGUUCUCGAGCAGCUUGACCACCCCAACAGGGAUCUGGGCAGAGAGUCGGUGGAUGCGGAGGAAGUCGUGAGAGAAAUUGAUAAGCUUUUGCAGGACUGUCGGGGAAAUGACCCUGUGGCUGUGAGAAAGUGAGAGGAGGAAAACCAACAACAACAACAAAAGCAUUGGCAUUUUCUGAUCUCUUCUGUUGAUGUAAAAAUGAUCCCUCCUGGUGACAGUUUAGAGGGAUGAAGAGACCAAUGCUGCUUUAAGGCUUUCCGUGAACAUCUGAAGUGCCCACAAGUAUGUCCUUUCCACUGCUAUUUUUUUUUCCAGAGAUAACAAUGGUUGUGUUUUGACCAAACUUAUAUUAGGACAGAAUUGAUGAUGCUCAAAGAGGAAAGAAAAACAGAGAAGAAAGAGGAGGAUGAGGAGGCAAGAUACCUUUUGACCCUCUGUUAGGAGGUAUGGUGGGAGAAGUGAAGUGUUCCUGAUCACUGUUAGACUGUCCUCCGUGACUUACGCUGACUCCACUGUUUACCUAUUAACCCCACACAAAGCAGGGUCAUAAUGUGUGCUCUGUGGUGGAUUUUUAGCAGUCACCACAGGCUUCUACUGAAAGUCCCGCAAAGACCUUGCAGUAGUCCAAGCUACACCAAACAUGAAUACAUAUUUGUGGUAAGCAUUUCUGUACAAAGUUACCUGCCACACAUAUCAACACAAAGAACAUUCCAUAUCAUUAGUUGAAAAAAAAUUAAAAAUACUUGGUCAUUUGUAAGACGCCUCAUGUCGUAUAAAAGUUAAGUGUAAAAAGAUAUAGUCCAUUUUGUCCUGCACACACACAGACUAAUUCACUUCAUUAAAAGAGAAGAAAAUUUGACGUUUUAAAAUUUCUCUCUAGCAUUUUAGUGUCCUACAAAUAUAUCAAUAAUGAUGGAUAUAUUUUUAAUUUGACCUAGAAAGAUUCUGAAAAGGAGUUACCAUUGAGUAAUACUAUUCAGAGAAAAUUAACAUGAUUAAAGUGUUUUACUUAUUUGUGGACACUAAAAUAGCUUAGGAAAGGGAAAAUGUCUUAGACAUACACCAAUCACAUGAUCAUUUAUAUGUGCAAAUGUAAGAAGAUUCAAUGUGUUUACAUCAAAUGACAUAUUUUUAUUGAUUUAUUGCAGAUUCAGUGCAUAUGAGCCAAAUUGUUGAGUGUAUAAGAGCUAUAUUGUGUAUUUUAUUAAAUUAAUAUAUAGUUGUGUUGCAAAAAUAUUUGGGCUUAUAUUGUAAAUGGCAAGUGUUGCCUCAGUAGCUGUCGAACUCUAUGAGUUUUGUUUUUUCCUGCUUCCUUUUCCCCAUGGAGUGUGGGAAGCAGUGCCUCAGAGCAAAGUCUCUUGUUUAAUGUAUAGUCUACCAAGUACUACAGUACAUAAUCUGUUCAAAAUGUGUUUGAGUGAGCCGAUGGAGCUAUAUGAAAGGUCAGAAAAUACAUCUGUCAGUCAUGGUUAUGUGCAAGUCCUUGUAGAAGCUUUUAUUAAAGUCAUGCUAAAUCACAAGAAUGGCAUUUGUACCAAUACCUGAAAUUUCUUCAUGUUUUCUCGAUAACAGACAGUUUCUGCCUCUGUAGAUAUCAUACUGUUGAUUGGUUUUAAAAGUAUCUGAUGUGGUUCAAGAUGUGUGUUCCCAUUGAUUUCAAAACCAUGAAAAAUGCUUUAAUGCAUGUGUGAUACCAGCCCUGGUUAUUUGCAUUGUGUAGUGUUUUUCAAGAGGCCUGGGUCUUAACAGAAUGUUUUCCAUUUUUCUCAAUGUUCUUCUGCCUCUUUUUAUUGGUGUCCUUUGAGAAAAAUACACCUCCUAUUCCUUCA